CAGAGCAGGUGCAGGGCUCUCCCACAGCCCCGCCAAGACCCCCCUCCAAGGUUUCCUCUGCCGGAGUUGGUUGCGAAAGGCAAGGAUUCACCCCAUACUUCGAUGGACCCCAGGGGCAUCUUAAAAGCAUUUCCCAAGCGAAAGAAGAUCCAGGCCCAUCCAGCAUCAAAAGAACUUGCAAAGAUUCCCAAGAGGGAAGAGGGAAAAGAAGCAGGAGAGUGGUUAAGUUCCAUACGGGCCCAUAUUUUGCCCACUGGCAUUGGACGAGCCCGGGCAGAACUCUUUGAGAAGCAGAUUGUCCAGCAUGGUGGCCAGAUAUGUCCUGCCCAGACCCCAGGGAUCACUCACAUUGUGGUGGAUGAAGGCAUGGACUGUGAGCGGGCUCUUCGCCUACUCAGGCUACCUCUGCUGCCUUCGGGUGUCCAGCUGGUGAAGUCAGCCUGGCUGAGCUUGUGUCUGCAAGAGAAGAGGCUGGUGGACACUGCUAGAUUCAGCAUCCUCAUCCCUCACAGGUUCUUGGACCAGCCACAGCCCAGCAAAACGGACCAACACACUUCUGCUCCUCCUGGGACCCAUGACAUUCUGCCUAGGACAGCCCUAACUCCUCCCCCUCUUCCCACCAGAGCUGUCUCUCCUAUCCAAAAGGCAGAAGAGGCAUCAAGAACCCAAGCCCAGCCCAGCUCAGAUGAUGAAUCCAGUGAUGGGGAAGGGCCACAGGUUAGUGCGGCUGAUCUGGAAGCCUUAAUCAGCGGGCACUACCCUACUACCCCUGAGGAAGAUGCUGGUCCUGGCCCAGCCCUGGAGUCCUUGGAUAAAUGGGUGUGUGCACAGCCCUCGAGCCAGAAGGCAACCAACCACAACCUGCACAUCACAGAAAAGUUGGAAGUGCUGGCCAAAGCCUACAAUGUCCAGGGAGACAAGUGGAGGGCUCUGGGCUAUGCCAAGGCCAUCAAUGCCCUCAAGAGCUUCCACAAGCCUGUCAGCUCCUUCCAGGAGGCCUGCAGCAUUCCUGGAAUUGGCAAGCGCAUGGCUGAGAAGAUUAUGGAGAUCCUGGAAAGUGGACAUCUGCGAAAGCUGGACCAUAUCAGUGAGAGUGUGCCUGUCUUGGAGCUCUUCUCCAACAUCUGGGGAGCUGGGACCAAGACUGCCCAGAUGUGGUACCAACAGGGCUUCAGGAGCCUAGAAGACAUCCGAAGCCUGGCCUCCCUGACUGCCCAGCAAGCCAUCGGCCUAAAGCAUUAUGAUGACUUCCUAGAGCGCAUGCCCAGGGAGGAGGCUGCAGAGAUUGAGCAGAUGGUCCGGCUCUCAGCUCAGGCUUUCAACUCUGGGCUGCUGUGUGUGGCAUGUGGCUCAUACCGACGGGGGAAAGGGACCUGUGGCGAUGUGGACGUGCUCAUCACUCACCCAGAUGGCCGGUCCCACCGGGGCAUCUUCAGCCCUCUCCUCGACCGCCUUCGACAGCAAGGGUUCCUCACAGAUGACUUGGUGAGCCAGGAGGAGAAUGGCCAGCAGCAGAAGUACUUGGGCGUGUGCCGUCUCCCAGGGCCAGGGCGGCGGCACCGUCGACUGGACAUCAUCGUUGUGCCCCACAGCGAGUUCGCCUGCGCUCUGCUGUACUUCACUGGCUCUGCCCACUUCAACCGCUCCAUGAGGGCUCUGGCCAAGACCAAGGGCAUGAGCCUAUCAGAGCACGCCCUCAGCACAGCUGUGGUCCGGAACACUCAAGGCUCCAAGGUGUGUGGCCAAGUACUGCCCACGCCCACCGAGAAGGAGGUCUUCCGACUCUUAGGCCUACCCUAUAGAGAACCGGCUGAGCGAGACUGGUGACCCCUGAUGGCUGGAGUUCGGGGGGACUCCGCUGAACUGACCAUGUAGUACCCCUUUGGCUUCAGCUGGCUGAAGCCCUCUAUCUCAACCACCUGCUGUCUUCAGUGAGCCUAAGCCCAGGGCUCUGAGCCUGGUCCCCUGGGCCUGCCUAGCACUCUCCCAGACAGAAACAGGCUGCUGCUCUCCACAGGGCCCCCUGCCCCAUGUAAGUUGGAACAGAUGGCUGGUGUGAAGCCAGCUUCCUGUGCCGAGGGCUCAGGAUCCCCGUUCCUGCCCUGAGAAAGCUCUAACUGCUAGAAAUGGGAUAGAGGGCUGCUGGGGGGAGAGGGGUACAGCUGCGGGCCCUGCAUCAUCUAAGACCCUUCCAAGAAGAAUGAGCCAUCCCACAUGGAGUCCCUGCACCACUUCCUGACAGCUGGGGCUGCUAGGAAAGGUGCAUCAGGCUCCCAAGGAUGGCUUCUGAAGUCCCAGGGGCCCAGUAAAGUGCAUUUGA